UCAAAGAGCCACGAAUGUGGUGUAUCAAGCUCAUCAUGUCAGCAGGAGUAAAAGAGGCCAAAUUGUGGGUACAAGAGGUGGAUUUCGUGGCUGCACAGUGUGGCUAACAGGUCUUUCUGGUGCUGGGAAAACAACUAUUGGCUUUGCUCUGGAAGAAUACCUGGUGUCUCGUGGCAUGCCUUGCUACUCUCUGGACGGGGAUAACAUUCGGCAUGGUCUGAACAAAAACCUAGGUUUUUCAACUGAUGACCGAGAAGAAAACAUCCGCCGUGUUGCUGAAGUUGCCAAACUGUUUGCUGAUGCUGGUCUUGUUUGCAUAACUAGUUUUAUUUCCCCUUUUGCAAAGGAUCGUCAAAAUGCAAGGGAAAUUCAUGAAAUGGCUGGUCUUCCUUUCUUUGAAAUCUUUGUAGAUGCUCCUCUAAAUAUUUGUGAAAGCAGAGAUGUGAAAGGGCUUUACAAAAAAGCAAGGGCUGGAGAAAUCAAAGGGUUCACUGGGAUUGAUUCAGAGUAUGAGAAACCAGAAUCAUCUGAACUAGUGUUGAAAACAAAUAUUGCUACUGUGAAUGAAUGUAUCCAGCAGGUUGUAGAGCUGCUACAAGCACAAAACAUUGUUCCCAAAACCAUGAUGAACGAUGUUCUUGAACUGUUUGUACCUGAAAAUCAGAUUGGCCAGGUCCGAGCUGAGGCUAAUAUGCUGCCUACUUUAGAGAUUACCAAGUUGGAUCUACAGUGGGUCCAAGUCCUGAGUGAAGGCUGGGCAACGCCACUGAAAGGAUUUAUGCGAGAGACACAAUAUUUGCAAGUUAUCCAUUUUAGCACCCUGAGAGAUGGAAAGGGUAUAGUUGGUAUAGCUCUGGUUGAUGGCGUUAUUAACCUGAGCAUUCCCAUUGUGCUCCCUGUUGCUACGGAAGAUAAGAAACGGUUGGAGGGCUGCAUUGCAUUUGCACUUGAUUAUAAUGGCCAAAGGAUAGCAAUCCUCAGAAAUCCAGAGUUCUAUGAACACAGGAAGGAGGAGCGCUGUGCGCGCGUUUGGGGGACGACUUGUGAGAAGCACCCACAUGUCAAAAUGGUGAUGGAAAGUGGGAAUUGGUUGGCUGGUGGUGAUCUUCUUGUGCUAGAGAGAAUAAAAUGGAAUGAUGGGCUGGACCAAUACCGCUUGACACCACUGGAGCUCAGACAGAAGUUUAAAGAAAUGAAUGCUGAUGCCGUAUUUGCAUUUCAACUGCGCAACCCUGUGCACAAUGGGCAUGCUCUGCUUAUGCAGGACACCAAACGCCAUCUUCUGGAAAGAGGCUACAAACAUCCUGUGCUUCUGCUGCAUCCUCUAGGAGGCUGGACCAAAGACGAUGAUGUACCACUAGAGUGGCGAAUGAAGCAGCAUGCAGCUGUGCUUGAGGAACAUGUCCUAGACCCAAAGUCAACUAUUGUUGCAAUCUUCCCCUCACCCAUGUUAUAUGCGGGUCCAACAGAGGUUCAGUGGCACUGUAGGGCUCGAAUGAUUGCAGGAGCCGGUUUCUACAUCGUGGGCCGAGACCCUGCUGGCAUGCCCCAUCCAGAGACCAAGAAAGAUUUGUAUGAGCCCACACAAGGAGGAAAGGUCCUUAGCAUGGCACCAGGACUGGCCUCUGUGGAAAUCAUUCCCUUCAGAGUUGCAGCAUACAAUAAAGUAAAAAAGGCCAUGAUAUUCUACAAUCCAGAAAGGCACGAAGAAUUUGACUUCAUCUCUGGAACACGCAUGAGAAAGCUUGCUCGGGAAGGUGAAAAUCCACCUGAUGGGUUCAUGGCUCCAAAAGCUUGGAAAGUCUUAACUGAAUACUACAAAUCAUUGGAAAAAAAUAAUUAAUUCUACUUUCCCUCAAAAAUAUUGGCAUUAAGAGUGAACACUAACUGAUUGAUUUACUGUAUUAAUGAUCACUUAUUUUGCAUUUUCAAUAUCCUAAUGGUAGGAUAGAAGAGGGUCAAACUGUUUUUGAAUGUACUUUGGCCUGGCCUUCGCCCACUUAGCCUUGGUCUACACUAGGGAGUUAUUUCGAAAUAACCCCCCUUAUUCUGAAAUAGUAAGUGGAGCGUCCACACUAAAAAGCCCAUUAUUUUGAAAUACGAGGCUGGUUAUUUCAAAAUCUGUACUCCUGCCUUCCUUGGGAAAUAAGUUUAUUUCGAAAUAGUUAUUUUGGGAGUUGUUAUUUCGAAUUAAGUUAUCUUGAAAUAAUUUCCUAGUGUAGACAUGUCCUAAAAUAUUGAGAAUUUUCCUUUCAACCUCAAAGGGAAUAGCAGCAGGUCUGUUAUUUAUAGAAGAAUAUGGCUCUAUAUGACAUUUUCCAAAGCAACAUUAGAACUGGCCAGUUGGACAUCUUUAGUGAUGUCAUAGUAGUGGUACAACAACCACCAGAAGUGCAGUUUGACCUUAUUGCCAUGACAUAAUUAUGUAUCCCUUAUGCUCUUUAAAUCAGUUACAAACAGAAAAUAGAAAAUAAAUUAUUUGCUAUAUUUUCCUUAUUAUUUAAGAUGUCCGUGUUUUGGAAUAGGCAGAAGGAUUUUCUUUAGUACACUACAUGGCUACGUCUACACUGGCCCCUUUUCCGGAAGGGGCAUGUAAAUUUCAUGAGU